AUGCCAGAUCUUGCAGAGGUGAGAAGUGGUGAAGCUGCCGAAGCCAGGCGCCGCUUGACCUUCUCGCGUAACACUCCUCAAAAGCCCCCUAGAAGGAAGCCUGACGGCGAACUCGAAAGAAGCGGUAGUAUCAAAAGAGCAAAGGAAUCCGUUGAUGGAUGGAACGAACAACACAGCACACUUGAGGCCGACGAUGAUGCGAUUGCGCAAGACCCAGAAGACGGUGCUGCUUCCCUAUCCGCCAUGAGCCUCGCUUCCGAAGCCGACUACCUUGACAUAACCACAGGAACCGACCUCUCCUCAAGUUUGCUCCCUCAGCUCUCUCCGUCGCUCUACAAUACAUACAAUGCUUCACCACGGGUCAAUUGGCUAUAUCUGUACAAACAACGGCGCCGUCUAGAAGACAACUGGAAUAAAGGACGCUACACGACGUUUCAGCUGCCACAUCCAGAUCAUCCCGAGGAAGCCCACGACGAGUGUGUCUACACGAUACAGCACUCGCGUGACUGGCUAGUCAGUGGUAGUCGCGACAAGACUAUUGCCAUCUGGGACCUGGAGACUCAGAGACGUGUGAGGACGUUGUCUGGUGCUCACAUCGCUUCUGUACUAUGCUUGCAAUUUGACGAGCGUCCGGAUCAAGACAUCGUAGUAUCAGGCGGAAGUGACUCUUUUGUCGUCAUUUGGCGCUUCUCGACAGGUCGCAUCAUUCGCAAGAUGGAUGAAGCACAUACCGAAUCCGUACUCAAUUUACGUUUCGACGACGACCUGCUGAUAACAUGCUCCAAGGAUAAGACCAUCAAGAUCUGGAAUCGUAGAGAACUCUUUUUGGACAGCGAUAUCGUUCCAGCAGUCGCAAAACGUCAGCUUGAAGUUGGCCAUCCUAUGAAUCCCAUCAAGGAGUACUCGCUACUACUUACACUUCUAGGCCACGGUGCAGCAGUUAAUGCAAUUCAAAUGCAUCAAGGUCAGAUCGUUUCUGCAUCAGGAGAUCGAACCAUCAAAGCAUGGGAUAUCAACACUGGUACAUGCACAAGAACUUUCACCGGGCAUACCAAAGGUAUUGCCUGCGUGCAAUACGAUGGUCGCCGUAUCGUGAGCGGCAGCAGCGAUAACACCGUGCGUAUUUUCGACGCAGCCACGUCUGCCGAGGUUGCGUGCCUUCCUGGCCACAGUAACUUGGUGCGUACUGUGCAGGCUCGCUUUGGUGACAUGAGCGUCUCGUCUGAGCAGCUCGAGGCCGAUGCACGUGCUGUUGAUGAGAGAUUCCACGACGCUCGUAUGAACGGCCUCAACCCUGACCAGAACAGAGCCCGCGGUCAGCGCAACGCUGGCUCGAGCAACCCUAGUGAAGUAUGUGCGGUCGGUGCGAAGAUCCCACCAGGAGGUGGUGGCAACGCCUGGAGCCGUAUUGUGUCAGGCUCUUAUGAUGAGACAGUCAUCAUUUGGAAGAAGGAUUCUGAUGGUAAGUGGGUUCCAAGCAGGAGGCUGCGGCAAGACGAGAUCCUUCAAACUAGACGAAGACCUCGCAAUCAACCCGCAGCGGGCCUUCAGCAGGUAACGCAACAGCCACCCCAAAACAGCGCAGAUGAACAGGAUACAGCUGCACAUCCAGGCAUACCUGCUGCCUCUGUCACAGCCCCGGCGAUAUGGUCUCCAUCUGCCACGUCUACUCCAACUCCCCAGGUCCAACACCAGGCCCCUCAGCAGAUGCAACAACACAUACAACAGCAGAUCCAUCAACAUGUUCACCAACAAGCACAGAAUCACGCCGGCCCUGCUGGUCCACCCGCUAAUCAUCACCACCAUCAUGGCCACCACGCAGGUGCUGGACACCACGGCCGUCAUCGUAUCAGAGAAGACAGCAACCGUGUCUUCAAGCUCCAGUUCGACAGCCGGCGCAUCGUGUGUUGUUCGCAGAACAGAGUCAUUGUAGGAUGGGACUUUGCUGCUGGUGACUCGGAUCUUGAACAGGCGAGCCGCUUCUUUGGAGAAACUGAUUAG